AGAGAUUCAAGCUCUAUGGUGGCUUCUUCUGCAUCUGUAAAUGUUCAAAUAAAACUCUCAGAUACAUUCACCAAACCUACAUCCGCGAAUGAACAAGCAGAUGUCAGAAAACCUUUCCAAUAUGACCCAGCGAAACAGAUCAGAUUUGAACAAUUCUUGAAGGAGAAAUUUGAAGGAGGUCUUCGAACUAAAGACUCUGGUGGUUCCAGUGAUAUGUCUGAAGCUGUUCGUGCUCGUGAAAGAUUAGAAUUUGAAGAAGCUGCAGCUGCGGUGCAGAAAGCAAAAUUAGGUAACGAAAGGCAGGUGAGCAGUCAGUUGCUUAAGGACCUGUCGGCUGUUUCAGGAUUACAGUUCACUGCUGGUGGAGUAGAGAAACAUACAUCUUCCCUUGAAGAUGAAUUGAUAGCUAAAGCAAUGUAUCCGAAGCGGGAAGAGUUUCAGUGGCGACCUGCACCUAUCUUAUGCAAGCGUUUUGAUUUGAUUGAUCCUUACAUGGGCAAGCCACCUCCUGCUCCACGUAUGAAGAGCAAAAUGGACUCUUUGAUUUUCAUGCCGGAUUCCAUCAGAGCUGCAGAUGUCCAAGAACAAGUUCCCGGGGAGCGGAGAUCAUCUUCACAACCUCAGGGGCACAGCAGGAAGAAAGAAAAUGAAGCAAUCGAUAAGGAAGCUGAGAUUGAGGUGGAAGUCGAAAAUGUUGAGAGGCCCGUUGAUCUCUACAAAGCCAUUUUUUCUGAUGAUUCAGAUGAUGAAGAAGAAAACAGCACAUCCAAUCAAGCAGAGGAUACAGAGAAGAAGAUCGAAGCUGCAAAUACGACUCUUAAUCGUUUAAUGGCUGGGGACUUCUUAGAAACACUAGGGAAAGAACUAGGUUUAUUGGUCCCUCCUGAGAUGCCACCCCCGGAAAAUAAAGCUGGCAAAAGAGUCGCUACUGAUACAGAUGAGAGAAACGAGAGCCCUCUUCCGGCUAAAAUGACAAUGCCAGUUGAUCAAAGGGCAGGCCAAAGUUCCAAAAAUGGAGCAACCACACAUCACUCAGAUGGUAAAGAAACUAAAUCCGGCAAGGGCCGUGGAGAAGAUGUUCGUUUGAGCAGUGGCAAAGCUAGUUCUUCAGAAGACGAGAGGAGCAAAAAGCACUCAAGGAGCCGCAGACAUAAGAGAAGGAGAAGCAGGAGUUCAGAUACUGACUCAUCGGAUGACUCUGAUGUUCGAGGACACCACUCAAGGUCGAGGAGAGACGACAAGGAAACCUCUAGGGGAAAGAGCAGCAGCAGAAGCCACUCGAAGCACGGUAAACAUAAAAGGAAGGACUCUCCAAGCCGAUCCCAUCGAGCCUCUGAGCACGAAGAAAGACACAAAAGAAAGAAGAAACGUUAGGAACAAUGAGGUAUACACACUUAAUUUUAUGGGGAUGGAUUACUCGACACGGGAUCAUCAUCGGUUAUUGGAUUAUGGGGUUAGAUUGCCUGACACUGAAUCAUGUUCUAGGUUUCAUGAAUAGGGCUUCGCCUCUCGUCAGCGCGAUUUUUGUGUUUUCUUGUAGAGCUAAAGCCACCGGGCUCCAAAUGACGUUUGUUGGAAUGGGUAACGAUCACGCAAGCUUGCUCCAAAUUUUCGGAUGCACAUCGCUCCAUGAUGGAUAUUUUUUAAAAUUCGUGUCAUUGUUACAACUUUCAUGAAAAGUUCAUUUCAUUUUUUGUA